AUGCCAGAAAGUGUUUAUGUUAGAAGAAUCCAAGAAUUGCUGGCAGAGAUAUGCGAGUCGUCGCUUCUGCUCAUGCCGCCUAACAAGCUUAGCACACACCCAUGUGACUGGCUGUCUAGUGAUAUGGAGAAUAUACUAUCUGCCAUAGAGCUAACAAAAGACAAAGUGAACAAAGAUGUACAGCAAAAGAAAGAAAUAAUUUCUGCAAUGGAAAUACGAAAGAACGAACUUCAACAGGCACUUGAAGAAGUAUCUGAUCAAGAGAGCACUCUCUGGAUAUACGAAAAGAAUCUUACAGUAAAAGAGUCUCUUCUAGAGAAAGAAGUAAACUCUCUGAGCGUAAGAUACGAAAAUCAGUUAAAAGAAUUUGCAGGCGUAUCUAGUGCAAUAAAAGAGGCAAUGGCUGAUUUAGAUGAACACAUGGUGUAUGAAAAUGAGUGUAAUGAGAUACUUAAUAUUUGUAUAGUAACUAAGCCUAGUAUUUGUCAGGCGAAAGACCUUCUUGAUAGACUCAAGAGAAAGCAAGAGGAGAUAAAAGAAGAAACCCAAAAAAAAUAG